AUGGCGUCAACAAUCACAGAAGCUCAGGCGGAGCUUAUUCGCUCUCUUGCCCCCGACGAUAUUCCCAUCAAGCUGCGAUGCGCGAUCUGUAGUAAACUCGCGGUCAACGCUUACCGUCUUCCCUGCUGCGAGCAGGCAAUCUGUGAAUCAUGCCAGUCCAAUCUACCCGCAUCGUGCCCUGUUUGCGAACACUCGCCCUUGUCCGCCGAAGACUGCAAUCCCAACAAAUCACUGCGAACUACCAUAAGAGUAUUCUUGCGCACUGCGGAAAAGAAGCGCGAAGCGAGUCGGCCGAAGGAAGACAAAAAUUCAGAGCCCGCAACACCUGUCGAAGCACCGAAACAGAAUCUUCCAGAUACAGAAAUGUCUGCGGUCGAGACAGCUCUAGAACAUAAUUCGGGAGUAGACGCGCCAUCGAAUCAAAUUGACAGGGCCGAAAACAUUAAGAGUACUCCUGCCCAACCCGCCAACCAGGACAUCAGCUCUCAUGACAAUACCCCUACCACUAAGGCUCCCGGGCAUGACGAAGCAGGCGACAUUCAAAAUGUGCCUGCUGAAGGCAGUGUAGAGGAGGUCGGCGUUCAAAACCCCGACGAGCAGACUCUAACAAAGCAGGAUGUCACCGGAGAACCGAACGGCGAAGACGAAGGCGAUGAGAACCAACAAGGAGGAGAUGGCGAGGAUGAGGAAGAUCAAGAGAAGCCCGAGUCCGAAUCCACAAACGGCAACUUCCCUAAUAGCAGCUUCUCUGGCUCUGGUGAUUUCAACCAGAUGCAGAUGAUGAUGGCUAUGCAAAACGGUAUGGCGCCGAACUCUUUCGGCAGCUUCCCCAUGAUGGGUAUGCCGGGCAUGGGCAUGGAUCCGAUGACGAUGCAGAACCUGUACAUGAACGGAGGCUUUCAAGGCAUGGGCAUGAACGGCAUGGGUGGCUUUGGGGGUGGAUUUGGCCAAGGCUCCAAUAAUAACUGGAACGGUUCUCAGUCGUGGAAUUUCGACCAGAAUAAUUACAAUCAAAAUGGUCCUGGCAUGGGAACAGGUGAUUUCGGGGGCUUUAACUCAGGAUUCCAGACAGGAUACAAUCAAGGUAAUUAUGGUCAAUUCAAUGACUAUCGUCGCAACAAUUUCGGACGUGGUCGAGGCCGAGGCCGUGGUUACUAUGGAGGUUACGGCCGUGGAGGUUACCAAUUCGGAGGUAACGCCCACUACCAGGAUCAAGCUCAGUUCCCUCAGCACGGGUCCGGUCAGAAUGGCCAGAACAGCAUUGAUGCGGAUGGCCAGCAAGUGGAUGAGAAUGGUCAGCCAAUUCAAAAGGACGGCACUGAAGGAGCUGAUGAGACGAGGACUUCGAAUACAGGACAAGCCGAUGGAUCCAGUGAGGCCACAGGAAAUGAGGUUUCUGGCGAUGUUUCCUCCAUUACACCUGACAUGGGACCUGGUACUUUUGCUGUUCGUCCAGUUCCGGUUCCAGAUGUUCCGCUGAAUGCGCCAACUGGCCCCAAGGCUAUGAGGCAAGGUCUCCCUAACACAAGUCUUCAUCAUCUUCGAGCUCGUGGUUACCAGGUUGGAAGUGAAGUUCCGCUCGGCAAGUCGACCCCUUCAGCAAGAGACAGCCCAGCCGAACGAGGCCGAUCCAGGAGUAACUCUUUAGCCCCUAGCCGUGCUGGUACUGAUGCUCGCGAGAAAGAUAAGGACCAAGAGUCUCAACGUGAGCAUAGCAAAGAUCAGUCUCACGAUCAUGACAAGCACGAUAGAGAACGUGAUGACCACGGCCAAAAUCAAAACCAUACGGGAUCUGCAUCUCGUACCGUCAGCAGGAGUCGUAGUCGGAGCAGAGGGCAUAAAAGCUCUCGUCGACGUAGACGUUACCGCUCGGAGUCCGUCGAGGAUGAUGGCUACGAUGACGAUUCCCGGCGCAAGAAGCACCGAAGCCGACGCCAUCACCACGAUGACGAAGAGUCCUCCCGUUCCAAGGAUAAGGACAAGGAUAGGGACGACAGAUAUGCUGGUCGAAACCGCUCCACUUCGCCAGCAGAGUCCAAACGAUCCAGCCACCGCAGCCGCCGUGAUAGAGACUCUGACAAGCGGAAGGAUCGAGAAAAGGACAAAGAUGACCAUCGUAGUGAUGAUCGUAAGAAAUCCGGGCAUCGCUCCUCGCAUCGAGAUAGGGACUAUGAUCGCGAGCGACGUCGGGACAAGGACAGAGAUCGCAGCGACAAAGACCGCAAGGACCGCAAAGAUCGACAUCGGGAUAGAGACCGACGUGAUCGCGACCGAGACCGGGAGAAGGACAGAGAUCGUGAGAGUCAUCGGGACCGUGACAGAGAGCGUGACUCAAAAUACAGCAGCAGGCAUCAAUCGACCGACGCUGGGACUGCUUCCAACGACAAGGAUCCCAAGCCUCCUUCUGGCCCUCGCAAUAACGACACGAAGGCCAACUCUGUGAGUCGAACCGAAAGUUCAGGCAAGGAUCCUCACACUCUCGAACGUGAAGCUCGCGAUCGCGAACGUCUACUCAAAGAAGCGCAACGCAUCGCAGGCAUGACAGGUUGGAAGCGUAACCGUGGUGACGAUGGCGGUGAUACGGGCUCACGCAAAGGACGCCGGACCGGAUCCUCAACGUCAGCUCGUCGAAGUGAGGUCAUCAACGGCGGCGAUGAGGAGGAGAGAAUGCGAAGGCUCGAGGCAGAGAGAGAAGGCGAUCGAUGGAGUUAG